CACUCGACGCGACGCGGGCAUACAGGGGGGAAGGGGGUGGGUGGGGCCCACGCCCCCCUGUCUACUGCAUCUUCGGGGGAAAGUAAAGCCGGGGAGCCCAAACCGUCAUAAAUAACUUCCGAUUCUUCCAGACGACACCGACUGACUUCCGGGCGGACUGGAAUGCAUCACCGACAUUGACAGACAAGGGAAAGGAAUAAAGCGGCAACUGCAGAAGCCAAGGCGGACUGCUCGUGCUUGUUGCAUCCUAGGCUCUGGAAGGCGCUAUAUAUUUGGCGAUGGACAAAAGGAAUUACGCGAUUUGGUUAAUCUUGUUGGUGGUUAUGGCGACAGGCAUGACUAGGGCUGAAUCUGUAAACAAGUCGGCUUCCGAAGGACUAUUUUGGUCAACCGCAAAAGAGGAGGCAGAUCUGCUGCGGAAGGCCGAUCCGGAGGAAUCCCCGCCUCUGUUGAACGAAAGGGACGAGUACGACGGCGGUUUUUCUUCGCUCGAUGGGAUGUUGCAGUGGGCAAUAGGCCAUUCUGAUCCAGAGAAGUUGAAGGCAACAGCAAAAGAUGUCCAACACUUAUCUCCAGAUGAGCUGAAGAAACGUCAAAUAGAAGUAAAGGAGCUGAUGGAGAAAUUGAAAAUGCCAUCAGAUGCACAGUUGAUGCAAAUUGCAAUAGAUGACUUGAAUAAUCAAUCUCUGCCUGUGGAAGAUCGUCAUCGUGCUUUAAAGGAGCUUCUGAUCCUUGUUGAGCCAAUAGAUAAUGCCAAUGAUCUGCACAAACUUGGAGGCCUCUCCAUAAUUAUAAGAGAACUUGAUAAUACUGACCCAGAGACAAGGACAACUUCUGCAUGGAUUCUUGGCAAAGCCAGUCAGAAUAAUCCUGUUGUUCAGAAGCAGGUCCUGGAACUUGGAGGGCUACCAAAACUAAUGAAGAUGGUGAAAUCAAGUUUUGUCGAAGAAGCCAUAAAAGCUAUGUAUGCUGUCUCAGCCUUGAUCGGGAACAAUUCAGACGGCCAGGAAUUGUUCUAUGCAGAAGCUGGAGAUUUGAUUCUUCAGGAAUUACUGAGCGAUUCAAGUGCUGAUAUUAGACUCCGCAGGAAAUCAGUCUUCCUUGUGGCUGCUCUGGUGGAGUGUCAGUUGGAAACUAGGAGUAAAGCAGAGCUACCUUUUUUCAGUAAUCGUUUAUUCUUAAAGUCAGUGGUUGAUUUAACAGCAUCAACUGAUCUGGAUCUCCAGGAGAAGGCCCUUGUUGCAAUUAAGAAUCUCUUAAAACUCAACACAACUGAAGCUCUAGUUUUCAGAGACUUCUGUGGAUUAGACGGAGCAUUGAAAAGGAUGAGACAGCAGUUGCAACAGUUAAUGGCAGAUGAAAAUUGGAGAGAUUUUGCAAUGGAUUUGGAUACCCUUCGCAGGGAAGUGGAGCUGAUUUUCCAUGGAAAGCUGGAUAAGGUAACCCAGGUUCCAACUUGAUCAAUGGAUGAAUUGCAUUGACAACAGACGCCAGCUGUGUCAAUUUGAAGCUUAUGUUACGUGCAUCUAUACACAGUCGAUUCUUGAGUGGAGCCUAAAAAGAUAAGACAAAGGACUACAUAUUUUACUUUGGAGCCUGGAUUGUAACUUUGCAGAACUUUGGCAGAGAGGGGAACAGGCUUGAAAAUUUAGGUACUGGCAGACAAAUCAAACGCAGCCAGCUGGAAGGAUCUUAUGCAUAUAGAUAAUUGAGGUAUAAUAUUUAGUUUUUAAACAAAGGAAGGGCACUCUUAAAUUAUGUUUGGUACAUAUUGGGUUAUCUUUUUAGUAUGCCACAACUAGAAUUCCAGCUAGGGUUGUCAACUUUAGGAUGGGUUGAUAGGUGAUAGGCUGUUAAUGAGCGGUUAUCGUCUGUCUUUGAACCCUCAUGUUUAUGGGAUCUUCCGACUUCUCCAAAAUGUGAUACAUCUGGGCUAAUGCUAGUUCUGCAGCUGAAAAAUAUUGUGGAAUUAGGUGUUGUGAGAUUUUGAGUCUAAAGAUGUCAACAUUCACAAUUACUGAUUUGAGACUUUUACUUGGAAUGUGAAGGAUGUGAGUCUUUGUCAUCA